AUGUCCGCGGCGUCACUCGUGGUAUCCUUGGCCGUCCAACAUGAGAACGUUGUUGUCCUUUUGCUGUUACCGUCUCAACGCAUACUGCGUCAGAUGUUCGGUCUCUACCAGAUACCUGGUAUUGUCGUUCGCGAUAUGGCGACACAGCAGGGCUGCCGAGCCUUGGGAUCUGCCCCUGUGGCCGCUAUCCAGCUUUGCGACUAUCGUCCUCGGCAGAAGCGAUGCUUCAAAGACUGCGCAAAAGCCGUCCGUCGCGCGCUGAUCAACAAGUCUAGAAUGCAGCGCCAACAAAAAUCCCAGGGCGGUAGCGGGCCGGGGUCGAUCGUCUUGUGCCUGUCGAUCGAACAACGUGGCGAGUCGAGCGCGCUUGUGAUCGACAACGGAGAGGGCAAAGCAGGUUUGCUAAAAUAA